AUGAAGGCUCCUCCAGUCAUGUUGAUAAAAAGGAUCUUACUGUACAUCCUUCUAGUAAUGCUGGCUCAGAGCAACUAUCAAGUUUACGGAUUUGAUGCCACCUAUUGUCCAGUUGAAAUUCAAGUUAAAAGAAACUCCCAGUAUGAAAUUAAUCUUGGGAGCUCUUUGACUAUAGACUGUCCAGUUCGUUAUUACUGCAAGAAAAAGCCAGUCAUGCAGUGGUGCAAGAUAGAGGUGGAUACAUGUGUGCUGCUAAAGGAGGGCAAAGCAGAAUUGAAGUCCAACAUGUUUACUCUGGAGUUUUUCUCAGUUAAUCAGAAUGACAGCGGAAUUUACCGUUGUCGAGCAAUAGUGGACAACUUUUCCAGCGAGAGCCAUGGAAUAAAGGUUAUCGUUGAAGAAAAGUCUGCAAACAUUAUCACAAUGUCACCAGAAAAUACCACUAGUAUCUCAGAAGAGUCCCAAGAAUCUGGAAACUACAAGAUACUGCACAUUAUUUAUGCUUCAGCGUCUGUGGGUCUAUGUUGUCCAUUCAUCGUCGUAUGCAUGUUUUGGUGUCUAAGGAGGUACCAUGCAAAGCAAAAGAGAACUCCAUUAACCCCACAGAGACAAGGGAGCCUGGUCAGAAGUCCAGUGGCUGCUCCAUCCCAUGCUGCUGGGACAACUCAAGCUCCAGAAGAAAGCUCCUCCCUUUACUAUUGCUCCAUGGCUAGCCCACUGCAGGCCUUGCACGGCAACGCAAUUUAUGACAAUGAUGUCCCUCCCUGGAGUGCUCAGAGGACAGCACCUAAUGCACUUCGCAAUGAUCCUGUUAUUCCUUCCAUCCCAGUUUUACUUGAAAGCCCAGAUGUCCUCACAUACGCUGCACUAAAUCAUUCUGCUUCUGCAGAAAGAUGCCAGAGAAGGGAACUAACUGUAGAAAAUGAAUUUACAGAAUAUGCCUGCAUUAAUGUAAAUAAAUAA